AGAGGCAUCCAAACACAGCAUAAAGCACUUUUCACUUAGCCUCAAAACUCUUGUCUCACUUUUGUAACAAUGGAGGAACUUGAUCCAACUUACAUCCAAGCACCAGAGCAUAGAUCAGAUUCGAAUUUCAUCCCUAACCAACCGGAAGAAAUACCCGUGAUCGAUCUCUCGCGUCUCGACGAUCCUGAAGAUGUCCAAAACGUUAUCUCAGAGAUCGGUGACGCCUGUGAAAAAUGGGGUUUUUUUCAGGUGAUCAAUCACGGUGUGCCUUGUGACACAAGGCAGCUUGUGGAGAAGACUGUGAAGACGUUUUUCGAUUUGCCUAUGGAAGAGAAGGUAAAGGUGAAGAGAGACGAGGUGAAUCCAGUUGGGUAUCACGAUGAAGAACACACGAAGAACGUUAGGGAUUGGAAAGAAGUGUUCGAUAGUUACUUCAAAGAUCCAAUGGUGAUUCCUUCUUCCACUGAUCUUGAAGAUGAUGGCUUAAGGCUUGUUUACAACCAGUGGCCUCACUUUCCUUCUGAUUUCAGGAAAUCAUGUGAACAAUAUGCAAGACACGCUGAGAAACUAGCGUUGAAGCUCAUAGAACUCAUUUCAUUAAGCUUAGGCUUACCAAAAGAGCGUUUUCAUGAUUACUUCAAAGAACAAAUGAGUUUUUUAAGGAUAAAUCGUUAUCCACCAUGUCCAAGACCAGAUCUAGCUUUAGGUGUUGGUCACCACAAAGACGCAGACGUAAUAAGUGUAUUGGCUCAAGAUGAAGUUGGAGGAUUACAAGUGAGUCGUAGAUCGGACGGUGUUUGGUUUCCCAUUAGACCCGUCCCUGAUGCUCUUGUCAUCAAUAUAGGCAAUUGUAUGGAGAUAUGGACGAAUGAUAAGUAUUGGAGUGCAGAGCAUAGAGUGGUGGUGAACACAACAAGAGAGAGAUACUCAAUACCGUUCUUUUUGUUGCCUUCACAUGAUGUGGAAGUGAAACCAUUGGAAGAGCUUGUGAGUCCUGAAAACCCUCCAAGAUACAAAGGCUAUAAAUGGGGCAAGUUCUACGUCAGUAGGAACCGAAGCGAUUUUCGAAAACUGGAUACCGAAAACAUCCAGAUCGAUGACUUCAAAGUUUUCAAUUAAUAGACUACAAUGUGUCUCAAUGUGUUUUAUGUUUUACGAAUCAUUUCAUUCAAAUAAUGUGUGCGGGCCUGAAUUCGUGUCAGAACCAAUACUUUGAAAGUGGCAAGAUUUGUAGGUGCCAUUGAGAUUUCUUUUUUCU